GGAGCUCUUCAAAGCCCAGCACUAUUUCUCCUCCUCCUUCCUCCAAGCGUCCAUCUCGUCCUCCCUCCCUCCUUUCAUCACACUCUCACUACUACCAGCUUCAAUCUCACACUCUCACUCACCUAGCUAGCAAAGGCAGAUAGAUAGAUAGCUAGUUAGCUCGUACCGCGCGCAGCAUCGGCGAUCAAACGGGCAGUACGUAAGUAGUUGCACUGCCCCCGUUUCAAGAGAGUUUCCACCGCCCGGGCGGGCUGCUGGUGUGUUUGCCAAUUCAGUUUUAAGAACGUGUGUGCGUGGUUCGUACGGGGCAAGUGGCCGGCUCGGGAUGGCGUCGGAGUGGGAAAUGGCCAUGGGCGUCGACCUCGGCAUGGGGAUGAGCACGUACCACAACGCGUCCGGGAUCACGACCGCCGCGCCGAUGAUGGGGCACCACGGCGGCGGCGGUGGCGGCGGGUAUGGGGCCUCGCACCACCACCAUUACUACGGGAUGCCGCCGUCGACGGGCGACGCCAUGCGCGUCGACGAGCUUCUCGACCUCUCCAACACUCCCGGCGCCCACGACUUCUUCCCUGCAGCCUCCGCCGCGGCGGGUGACAACGGGCACCACCACCACCACAUCGGCGCUAUGGGCGAGCCGUCGGGCGCCACGUCGUCCGAUCACCAGACUUCGAUGCUCUCCUUCGCCGACGACUUCUACAUACCCACGGAGGAAGCUGCCGAGCUGGAGUGGCUAUCCAAGUUCGUCGACGACUCCUACUCCGACUUGCCGAAUUACCAGUCGUCCGCGCAUGCGGCAAUGGCGGCGGCGGCGGCUGCUUCCGCGGCCAACAACGGUGGCGGCAGCUCGGCUGGUCAAGACAGCUGUCUCACGGCGGCGCCUGGCCGCGGCGCGCGUAGCAAGAGGUCGCGCGCGACGGCCGCGGCCGCCGCCGCGUGGCACUCCCUCGUCCCACGCCCGGCGUCCCAGUCGUCGCCGUCAUCGUCCUGCUCGUCGUCCGACUUCCCGUCCUCUAACAAGCCGGCUCGGCCGAACGGCUCCAGCGGCAGCCGCGGCAAGAAGAGCCCCGGCCCCGCGGGGGCGGAGGUGGGCAUGGAGGCCGGCGUGCGGCGGUGCACACACUGCGCGUCGGAGAAGACGCCGCAGUGGCGGACGGGGCCACUGGGCCCCAAGACGCUCUGCAACGCGUGCGGCGUGAGGUUCAAGUCCGGUCGGCUGAUGCCGGAGUACAGGCCGGCGGCUAGCCCGACCUUCGUGCUGACCCAGCACUCCAACUCCCACCGCAAGGUCAUGGAGCUGCGUCGCCAGAAGGAGCUCCUCAUCAUCCGCGGCAGCCACCGCGACGCCGCUGCCGCCGCCGCAGCUGCCGCCGCAGGAUCCGCCGCCGCGGCCGGGAGGCCGGAGCUCAUGUUCCGCGACUACGGCGUGUGCUGAUCAAACCGCGCGCGGCGGACGAUCGACUGGAGCAGCACAUCGCAUGCAUGGAUGGAUGCAUGCACGUACACACGCACGCGCACUCGCGGGCUUAGAUCCUUUUGCGAAAUUCUCCCGUCUCCCUCUUGUUUAUUUUCCUCUCCCUUUUUUUCUCCUUAUUCCAGAUAUUUUCAAUGCUUUUUGUCAAUUAAUUUGUUGGUACCUACUGCUGCUACUACCUCCCUUGCAAGUUCUUCUUCCUCCAUGAGAGAUCAAUCAAUUCUGUUGGUAUAACUAUGAUUGUGAUUAGCCGUACGUCCACACACAAAGGCAGGCAAGGCAA